AUGCUUGACGACAACCAGAAGAUCGGGGUAGCCUUCUGCUGCCUCGGUCUGUGUCUCGGGGGCGUUGGCAUAUUUCUGCUUCUUGAUCGCGCGCUUCUGACUCUGGGAAACGUCGCGUUUCUCUUCGGUCUGGUGUUGCUGUUGGGCGUUCGGAAGACGCUUGCUUUCUUCUUCCUUCGUCCGGAAAAGCGAAGGUCUUCUAUCAUCUUCAUCGUCGGCGUGUUUUUGAUAGCGUUUGGCUACUCUUUCCUCGGGCUGCCCCUUCAGCUCUACGGUCUCCUCCAACUCUUCUCGUCGUUCCUUCCUCAAGUUCUGUCGGCGGCUAGGCUAUCGCCGGUUGGCUCGUGGAUUCUGCAGCUUCCUGGUAUCAAGCAGUGCACGAAGUGGCUUCUGGAUCAAGACAAAAGCCAUCUACCGUAUUGA